UGGCCCCACUGCUGCCACAAUGCACAAAAAUGGAAGAUAAUAUUUAUUGCUGCUGUUGUUUGUACAACAGCCCUUCACCCAAACAUCUCAAGGCAGUUCUUCUCUCCUAAUCACAUAUAAACUGAGGCUGGUUGUGGCUCGAUGUCGAGGGAAACCUUCCUCUACUGCCAAGAGCCCACAUAUCUGAGGCCAAGAUGGAGGCCCUGAUGACAACCUCUUUCCCAAAAGCCCAGGGGGGAUCCCUGGUGAUGUCAAUCUCUGCUGUAUGAAGCCAACCAGCUUCCAUGGAUCCAUUUUGAGUCUGGAUACCAGGAAAGGGAGGGUUGUGCAACUAAGGACCUUGUUUCUGCAUGAAUCCGACUUGUGGGGAGGCCGCAGGAGGGGGUUGGACUAGAUGGCCCUUGGGGUCCCUUCCAACUCUACGAUGCACUGCUGAAGAGCCUUUUGGGAGUGAAAUGCUGACGAGUGGAAAUGGGUUCCCACUAUCUCGCAACUUCCUUCAACCCCUGAAAGUGAUCCUUGUCCCCUUGCACUUUGUGACUCCCAAGUAUAUAAAAGGAAAAGUGGCCUCUGUGCCUGAAGCAGACCUGUGCUGUAAGAGGGGACCAACGCAAGUCAAGACAAACUCAAGCAAGAGAGCCACUUGGAGGCAAGAUUCAUCCGAUUUCCACGUUUCUGGGAGGUGAAGGCAGGAGAGCAACCUGGACCAGAGCCAUGGACAGAUCAGAUGACACGGUUGAAAUACCAGCCCUGGGCCGCCCAUUCCAGCUGGGGAUGCUGUACGACUGUCGUAAAGAUGCCCUCAUCCCAGGAAUCACCCUUUGGGAUCAGGCCUCACUUCAGAAGGACUUGUGUAUCAAACCUCAACCCAAGGCUGAAUAUGAAAUCAUUGCAUCUGACUCCAUCGAUGAUAAGGCCUCUGCCCUCAAUGUCUCAGCAUCACUCAAGGCCAGUUUUUUGGGGGGAUUGGUUGAAGUGGGUGGAUCAGGCAAAUUCCUUCAAGCCACCAAGAAGUCCACGAAACAGGCCAGAGUCACUCUGCAGUACAAAGCUACCACCAAGUAUUCACAGCUGACCAUGAGCCAUUUGGGAACCCAAAAUGUCAUUUAUCCAGCUGUUUUUGAGCAUGGCACAGCCACCCAUGUUGUCACUGCCAUCUUGUAUGGAGCCCAAGCUUUCUUUGUGUUUGACCGAAAUGUCUCUUCUUCUGAGUCUGUGCAAGAUAUACAAGGAAGCCUCAACGCUGCGAUCAACUUGAUUGCAGUCUCUAUCAAAGGGGAAGCAUCUGUCCAGAUAGAGGAGAAGGAGAAAGCCCAAACGGAGAAUUUCAGCUGCAAGUUCUAUGGGGAUUUUUCUUUGGAAAGUAAUCCGGUGACUUUUCAAGAUGCCAUGAAAGUCUACAGCGAUCUGCCCCAAAAGCUUGGGGAGGAUGGAGAGAAGGCUGUGCCUGUCAGAGUUUGGCUGUACCCACUGACCAAGCUAGAUUCCAGAGCAGCUAAGAUGGUGCGUGAGAUCAGCUUAGCACUGAUCUUUGAUGCUCAAACUGUCUUGGAGAAACUGAAUGAAAUCAACAUGCGAUGUAAUGAUCUGGCUAUGAAUCCUGUUGCUGAAAACUUCCAAGAAUUCAAGAUGAAAAUCAAGAGAUUCAAGGAUCUGUGCAAGCAGCACAGGCAGACUUUCCAGAAACACCUGGCAGGAAUCCUGCCUUUGAUCCGGGGAGGGGGGAAAGAGGAAAGUGUUCUGGUGGACAUUUUAAUGUCCAUUAACCAGUCUCCCUUCAACAGCCAAAGACUCAGUGAGUUUUUGGAUGCCAAGGAACGAGAGAUUAAUUUGGUGAAUUCUUACCUUAGAAUCCUAAGUGGAAUGGAAGUAAUCUCUUCCCAGAACAAACUGGAAGAAAUCGUGCUAAAUCCUGUGAAUGAGUUUGUUGUCUCAUUUACCUUCACUUCUUUACAUGAUGAGGAACCAUUUUUAGCCACCCUACAAGACUGGCUUCAGAAAGAUUUUUUUCAGGAAACAGCAAAUUCCACCAGUGGCCAAUUGACACCCAAGAACAGUAAAGCCUGGUUUGAGCACCAAGAGAGAAAUCGGAAUGCUCGUAAAGCUGCCAAAUCCAUUAGAGAUUUUGCCCGGGUCAAUAAAUCAAACGAGAAUACCCAGUUCCUUGUGGCUUCCGUCCCAGAUCAAAACAACCCAGGUGCUUCCAUUUACCUCUAUGAAGAUGGGGAAAUGCUCAGCAGCAACUUUGAGCUGCCCUCAAAACCUCCCCCUCCACUGAUUGGCCGAAUUGGACAUGAGAGUGUGCAGCUGACAUUUCAACCAGCUGAGUAUGGGAGGGCUUCAAUCUCUAGCUAUCAAGUAGAGUACAAGAUUGCAGGAGAAGGAAAUUGGAAGAUUGUGAAUACUGAGGACAGUCAGGAGACAUUCCAAGUGAGAGGGUUGAGUGCAAACACAGAAUACCAAUUCCGAUACACCGCUAGGAGCAAACCAGGACUUAGUGAGACUAGUGAUUUGAGUAAAUCUGUACAGACACGUCCUACCAGCCCUCCUGGGGAACUGAGAGUGAUAAUCGCAGAGUCUUCCAAAAUCAGUCUUGUCUGGGAGAGCCCAAAGGUCUUUGGCCAGGGAGCUGUAAUAAAGGAAUACAAAGUGGACUACAGUGAAGAGGCUGGAGAGGCAAAAAGCAAGGACAAAGAUGAAUGGGCUGAAAAAAGAACAGGGAAGAAAACAGAGUUCUGUGAGAUGGAUGGUCUGAAGCCCCAGACACCCUACAGAUUCAGAGUCUCAGCCAUGUGUGCUGGUGGGGCUGAGAGUGAGCCCAGCAAAGAGAUUGCGGUUUCCACAUUGGAAGGAGACAAGAAGAGAGUAGCUUGUCAAUACCUCCAAGGCAGCACCCGCGUGGAGGAUGGGCCACCAGCAGUGUAUGCUCUGCCACUGGAGCCCAUACAGGAUGCCUCUGGAUCCUGUCUAACAUACCAGCUAGGGAAAGAGAACAUUCAUGCCCCCAACAAAGUGAUUAUGGUGAUGGGGGCAACAGGAUCAGGGAAAACCACUCUCAUCAAUGGGAUGAUCAAUUAUGUCCUGGGUGUGCAAUGGGGAGAUAAAUUCCGAUUCAAACUUAUUCAUGAAAAUACCAACAGAAGCCAAGCUCAAAGCCAAACAUCAGAAGUGACUGCCUACGUUGUCCACCACUGCAAGGGUGUCCAAGUCCCCUAUUCCCUCACCAUUAUUGACACUCCAGAAUUUGGAGACACAAGAGGAAUAGAGCAUGACAAGUUGAUAACAAAGCAGAUCCUGGAGUUUUUCUCCUCCCCAGGGGGCACUGAUCAUAUAGACGCCAUCUGUAUUGUCGUCCAGGCCUCUUUUGCUCGUUUAACUCAUGCCCAGAAAUACGUCUUUGACUCUGUGCUCUCCAUCUUUGGCAAAGAUAUAAAGGACAACAUCCAAGUCCUGAUCACAUUUGCAGAUGGACAGACCCCUCCUGUUCUCAAGGCCAUUAAGGAAGCCAAUGUACCAUGCGCCCAGGAUGCCAAGGGCACCCCUGUGCACUUCAAAUUCAACAAUUCAGCACUGUUUGCCAACAAUCCAGUGGAGCCCGGAGGCAACUUCAAUUUUGAUAAAAUGUUUUGGAAAAUAGGCACCAUGAGCAUGAAGACCUUCUUUGAUUCAUCCCACAUGCUAGAAAGCAAGAGCUUAACAUUGACAAAGGAAGUGCUCAGGGAGCGAAAAGAGCUUGAAGCUGCUAUUGAAGGGUUGCAGCCCCAAAUCAAAGCUGGACUGGCCAAGCUGGAAGAACUGAGGAAGACGCAGGAAGCCCUGGACAAGCAUAAUGCUGACGUGGCGGCAAACAGAAACUUUACAUAUGAGGUAGAGGUAACUGUACCAAAGAAGGAGGAUAUAUCUGGCAUGGGAAAAUACAUAACUAAUUGCAUGAAUUGUCACUUCACCUGUCACUAUCCUUGUAGAAUUCCUAGAGAUGAAGAUAAGCAUGGUUGUGCAGCUAUCAAUAAGAGGACAGGAAGAUGCAGAGUCUGUCCGCGCCAGUGUGAGUGGAGUGUGCACUACAAUCAGAAAUACAAAUUUGAAUAUACCACAAAAAAAGAGAGAAGGACCUAUGAAGAACUGAAGCAAAAGUAUGAACGUGCCUCUGGUGAGCUGAUGACCACAGAGAAAUUGCUUGAAAAGCUUAAUGAGGAAUAUGAAGAAGUGAAAGACAUCUUAGAAGAGCUCAUCAAGAAAUCAUCUCAAAGCCUCCAGCGCCUUCAGGCGAUUGCACUGAAGCCCAACCCACUCUCUACCCCAGAGUACAUUGAUCUGCUCAUCAUGUCCGAAGAACAGGAGCUGAAGCCUGGAUAUCAGCAGCGAAUCCGGUCCCUGAAGGAAGUGAGGAAAGUAGCUGAGUUAAUACAGAAAAUUGCCAACAAGGAGCCUCUGCUACCUGGAGAGCAGAAGCUGUAUGAUCAAAUUGAAGAAAAAAAGUCCUCUCUAGGAGGCAAACUUAGGAAAUGGGGGGAAGUUGUUGUAAACUGGUUUAAACAAGGGGAUCAUAUAUAGCUUUUCAGGCACGCUUUGUUUGCUUUUGGCUAUCAGCAGAGAGCUCAGGUUCUGUGAGUGUAAUUCAGACCAGAGUCUCUUGCUCUCUGUGCAUACUUGGGUGAAGGUGGCUAUGGAAACAUUUGUACCUGUCGUGAGGUGAGCAUAUCCACUUCUUCAUUUGCCCGGCCAGUUUCGCUCGGGGAAACCUUUAGUGCUGAAUCAGAACUAACAGCAAUCAGGUUUUCCGUGGAAUGCCAUUUGUUCUGGUUUAGCGCUAAAGAGCAGGCUGGGGGUAAGCAGUGAGGCAAAGACAAAAUUGCUUGGAGCUGUGCCUGGAAAGUGUGCGAUGAGAGGAAAACUGCUCAGAACCAUGCUUCCCAGGCACAGAACAGACAGAAGUGUGAACGAGCCCUUUGUUGCUGCAGACAAAAUGCUUCCCAGUCAUAGUUCCUACCAGCUUAUUGUCUAAUUGGUGUUGGGUGAUGAAAUAUACUCAGAGUCGCAAAGUGAUUUCAUGCUCUUUAUUCAGCUCAUAGUAGUGAGGAGGAAUGAAUGAAUGUCCUCAAAGUAUCUGCUUUAUAUACAUUAUUUACACAAUGGGCUGCACAUGAUUGGCUAAUUCCGGAAUUCUACUGUAAGCCAAUCAGGUUGUGGAUUCACUUCUAUCUGGAGCAUGAUUGGGUGGUUCCUGCCAACCAAUCAUACUGCUGCAUUGUUCUAGGACCAAUCAGACUGCUGCAUUCUGAAUCCUAUUGUUCUAGGACCAAUCAGACUGCUGCAUUUUGGAUCCUAUUGUUCUAGGACCAAUCAGACUGCUGCAGUUUAGAUCCUAUUCAACUCAGUACAUAACAGGUGAAAUGCUGUUCUCUCCAGGGAUUUGUAUUAUCUCCGAUGACUGCCAAUAAUAAUAAUAAGGAAAGUGAAUGGGGCCUGCUUCUGACCACCCCAGCAUAAGAAUGUGCCCAUAAAUCUGCCUGCCCUAGCAGCCUUUGGAACGUGAUUGGAAACUUGGGGUGUUGCAGGAAUGCUCUUGACAGGAGCUGCUUAUGACCCCUUUGUCCUAGCAAGCUUUUGACCUGCCUGAUUGAUCUCUCUCCCAUUCUUCCUUAUCCAUAGAAUCUUAGAAUUGUAGAGUUGGAAGAGACCCUGAGGGUCAUCUAGUCCAAUGCCUGCAAUGCAGGAUAUCAACUAAAGUAUCCAUGACAGAUGGCCACCCAACCUCUGCUUAAAAACCUUCAAUAAAGGAGAGUCCACAACCUUCAGAGGCAGCCUCUUCCACAGUCAAACUACUCUUACCAUUGGAAAGUUCUUCCUAAUAUUUAGUCAGAGCUCCUUUCUGGUAACUUGAAUCCAUGGGUCUGGUUCCUACCCUCUGGAGCCCUUCAGAUAGGAAGAUGUUUCUCCUGUCUCCUCUUAGUCUCCUCUUCUCCAGGCUAAACAUACCCGGCUCCCUCAACCGUUCCUCAUAAGGCUGGGUUUCCAGAGUAUAUUUUCAACUGGCGACUGAUUGGAAUCUCUGUGUGUGUGAUUACUUGUAAUAUUUUUUCUUUCAUUUUCUCAUUGUUAGCCAUCUAGAUGUAUUUUUGAAGAUCCAGUAGGAUAUAAUUUCUUUUUGAAAACACUCCUUAGCACUUAACCCUGGAUAUAUCUGCAUUUUGGGGGAGAAUAUUCUAUUGUUGUUUGUAUCAGCAAUGCCAAAGAGGUUCCCUGCCAAGGAAUUCCUGGAGCUGAAGCAGAAAUCCAGUCUGAAGGAUCCAUGCCUAGAAGCCAUAUUCACCCUCAGGCGACUAGGGCAUGACCAGAUCACCUCUGCUGGCUGACAACUAGGUCAGACCAGAUCCUGCCUCUUUCCCUGCACUGGGAGACUGCUGAGAAACUUGACUGCUGGAGAUGUCUU